GAAGCAAAAGAGGCAAGGCUUUAGGCGUUGCUUAGCUGCGGUCCCUUGGAAGGGUCGCCGCUCCAUUAGAACGGGGGGCGUGGAUUAAUUGCCUACCUCCUUUGAACUUGUCCAAUCAAAAAACGAGGCGGCGGGGCUCAGUGCGGCCGUAGCGCCCCCCUUGGAACCUCGCCGUCCAAUCCGUUGGUUAGUUCCGACGUUCUUUUGGCCAUGCCGCGCCUUCUUGUUCCAUGACUGCAACAGCCGCGGGAGUUGGCAGGGCAGCCUCGUUCGCCGCAGUGAGAGAGGGAGGCUUCUGCUACUGGUGGUCCUCGUUGUCCACUCGGCCCCGGGAGCGCCAUGGAGCAAGGCCCGGCGCGGGAAGCUGCUACUGCAGUGCCGGAUCCGGCCCCGGAGGUGCCCCCUUCCAGCUCCCGUGGCGGGCUCGGGGGCAUAGGGUCUGCAGAAGCCCUGGCGGCUCUGGGCGCCAUCGGGCGGCGGCUGCUCUGGCUGCUCCCCGUGUACCUGGCGGGUCGGGCGGGGCUCAGCCUGGGCUUCGUGGUGGCCGGCGUGGCUCUUUACAUGGGCUGGCGAGGACGGCGGAUGAGCAAGGAGCGGUCGCUGCGGGCGGCUGGGCUGCUCCUGGGCGACGAAGAGGCGACGGUGAGCGCUACGGCCAGCAGCGUGGGGCUGGGCCGAAGCCUGGGACAGAGCGAGCUGCCCGCCUGGGUCAGUUUCCCAGAUGUUGAGAAAGCUGAAUGGCUCAACAAGAUUCUGGCCCAGGCCUGGCCCUUCUUUGGCCAGUACAUGGAGAAGCUGUUGGUGGAGAACAUUGCUCCAAACAUCCGAGCCUCCAACACCCAUCUGCAGACCUUUACCUUUGCCAGGGUGGACAUGGGAGAGAAGCCUCUCAAGGUGAUUGGAGUCAAGGUCCACACUGGCUCAAACAAGAGGCAGAUCUUGCUGGAUCUAAACAUCAGCUACGCAGGUGAUGUCCAGAUUGAUGUGGAAGUGAAGAAAUUUUUCUGUAAGGCCGGGGUGAAAGGCAUGCAGCUACAUGGCAUGCUGCGAGUCAUCCUGGAACCGCUCAUUGGUGAUGUCCCCAUUGUUGGGGCACUCACCAUGUUCUUCAUUCGCCGGCCAACUCUAGACAUCAACUGGACUGGAAUGACCAACCUCUUGGACAUCCCUGGACUGAGCUCGUUGUCUGACACAAUGAUAAUGGACUCCAUUGCCUCUUUCUUGGUCCUCCCCAAUCGCUUGCUCAUCCCACUGGUCCCUGACCUCCAUGACGCUGCUGAGCUGCGCUCCCCUAUUCCUAGGGGUGUUGUCCGUGUCCACCUGAUAGAGGCCAAGGACGUGCAGUCCAAGGAUAAGUACAUCAAGGGGAUGAUUGAGGGCAAGUCUGACCCAUACGCCGUUGUGCGUGUGGGCACCCAGGUCUUCACCAGCAAAGUCAUUGAUGAAGACCUCAACCCCAAGUGGAAUGAAACGUAUGAGUUCAUUGUACACGAGGUGCCGGGGCAGGAACUGGAGGUGGAGCUGUUUGACAAGGAUCCCGAUCAGGAUGACUUCCUGGGCAGGAUGAAGCUGGACUUUGGUGAGGUGCUCAAGGCUCAUGUGCUAGAGGAGUGGUUCCCAUUGCAGGAUGGUGGCCGGGCUCGUGUGCAUCUGCGCCUGGAGUGGCAUACUCUUAUGUCAGAUGCUUCCAAGUUGGAUCAGGUUCUUCAGUGGAACAAAACCAUCUCCUCCAAGCCAGAGCCCCCAUCAGCUGCCAUCUUGGUUGUCUAUCUGGAUAAGGCACAAGACCUCCCACUGAAGAAAUCCAGUAAGGAUCCCAACCCUAUGGCACAGCUCUCUGUCCAAGAUGUCACCCGUGAGAGCAAGGUUGUCUCUAACACUGUCUCGCCUGUCUGGGAUGAUGCCUUCCGUUUCUUCCUUCAAGACCCAACCACCCAAGAUAUUGAUAUACAGGUCAAAGAUGACAAUCGUCAGACCACCCUGGGCUCCCUCACUAUCCGCCUGUCCCGCCUUUUGAGUGCCGAAAAUCUGACACUUGACCAGUGGUUCCAGCUGGAGAACUCUGGACCCAGCAGCCGCAUCUACAUGAAAAUCAUUAUGCGGGUCCUGUAUCUGGAUGCCCCUGAAGUUUGCCUCAACACUCGGCCGUGCCCUCCAGGACAUCUGAAUGUCACCGAGAGUGCCCAUAUUGGCAGCAGCGUUGACAGGCCUCCUAGGCCCACCAAGGCCAGCCCAGAUGCCCACUUUGGCACUGAGAGCGUGGUUCGGAUUCACUUGCUGGAGGCUGAGAACCUCAUCGCCAAAGAUAACUUUAUGGGUGGAAUGAUCAAGGGCAAAUCAGACCCUUACGUCAAAGUGCGCUUGGGGGGUCAGAAGUUCCGUAGCCGCGUCAUCAAGGAGGAGCUCAACCCCCGCUGGAGUGAGAUCUAUGAGGUCAUUGUGAAUGACAUCCCAGGCCAGGAGGUGGAGUUUGACUUAUAUGACAAAGAUGUUGACAAGGAUGACUUCCUGGGCAGGUGUAAGAUCCCUCUGAGACGAGUGCUAAGCACCAAGUUUGUAGAUGAGUGGAUCCUGCUAGAGGAUGUGAAAUCAGGACGACUCCAUGUGAAGCUGGAGUGCUUGCCCCCCACGCCCAGUGGUGCUGAGCUGGAGCAGGUACUGAUGGUGAACAGCUUGAUCCAGACACCAAAGAGUGAGGACUUGUCCUCUGCCCUGCUCUCUGUUUUCCUUGACAGGGCAUCUGACCUGCCGCUGCGGAAGGGUUCCAAACCUCCAAGCCCUUAUGCCAGUCUCUCUGUCCGGGGCAUCUCCUUCAAGACCAAGGUCUCCCCUCAGACUGCAGAGCCAGUGUGGGAUGAAGCUUUCUCCUUCCUUGUCAAGAGACCCCACGCUGAAUCUUUGGAGUUGCAGGUGAAGGAUGAUGGGCAUGUCCUGGGUACCCUGUCGCUCCCCCUUUCACAGCUUCUGGCAGCAGAGGGGCUUGUCCUUGACCGCUGGUUCCAGCUCAACAACUCUGGUUCGGCCAUCCAGGUCCUGAUGCGGGUGCAACUCGGACUUCUGAUCUCACAACACUCUGGUGUGGAAGUUCUUCAUGCCGUGGAAGGUGACGAGAGUGAGGAGGGCUCCCAGAAGGGGUCAGCAGCAGAACUCUAUAUCAGGGAGGACAGCGACUCUGGUUCCGUGCCAGAGCUGCGCCAGCGUGUGCCACAUGCCAACAGUAAUUUGGAUCUGUCCGACUCGCCACUGGGCCAGCUGCGCCUUACUGUCUGGUACAACAUGGAUACUCGCAAGCUGAUUGUCAUCGUUCAUGCCUGCAGGAACUUGAAGUCAAGUGCCAAGGAUGCUCCUGACCCUUAUGUCUCCCUGAUUCUGUUGCCUGACAAAUCCCGUGUCACCAAAAGAAAGACCACUGUGCGGAAGAAGACUCUUAAUCCUGAGUUCAAUGAGAAGUUUGAAUGGGAUCUACCCGUGGAUGAAGCCCAACGAAGGAAGCUGGAGGCCUACAUCAAAAAUAGUGUCUCUUUUGUGUCACGAGGGGAGCCAAUUGGAAAGGUGCACAUUGACCUCUCACAGAAGGACCUGACCCAGGGUGCUGCCCAGUGGUACGAUAUUAAAGAUGACAAAAGCAGCCCCUAGCCUCCACAGUGCCUCCUUUCUUGAUACUUCACCAUCCAGGGAGUUAAGAGCUGGCAUUAAGACCGCCAACACCGCCACCCUUCACUGCAAGAUUCCAAGCUCACCCCCCAUCUGGAUGGGGUUUUCAGUGAUUCUGUUUCAAAGCAACCAUAGUGUGUUUUGUUUUGUUUUGUUUUGUUUAGAAUCUUCUUCUCAAUGUGAAGUUGGCAGGGGUAGAGAAGUGACUCUUGGGCGGGUUUUAAAGGAGCGGGGAGAUUCCCAUCCUGCAUUCACCCUGUGUGCUUCUUUCAACACCGCAAAUCACAUUCUGCCUUUUUAUUGACCAAAGAAAUGGGCCUGGCUCCUCCUUCAGUUGAGGAUGAAGGUUCUUUGCACAGAUGCUGUGAGCGGACACUUUCAGCAGCCACUGAAGCAGAAACUAGAAAGUCCAGGAGCAAACUGGGCCUGAGGCUGAGUGACAGUUAGAAAGGUACAAAGAGACCAGCAUGGAGGGACCAAAUAUUUCCCUUAGUAGCGGUGGGCCUCCUUUGGAACAAAGGGUUCCACACACAAGUGUGUCCCUGAUGGGAGACAUCUUUUAUCCAAAAAGGAGAAUUAUGACAUCCCCUGCCCUGAGAUUGGUCAGCUAAGACAAGUGAUGGGGAUUCUGUCCUAGCUCUGAUAAUAAGGUUUUCAAAUGGCAUACAAUCAUUUUGAACCAACAGCUUGAAAAAACAGGUGGGGGAGUGCAGUUGCCAAGCAUUUUUUAUUUGCAGCGUAUGUGCUAUUUUCCCCCAUUGGGGGAUUCAUGGCUAUGUGCAUUUAGCAAAUGCCCCACCUGGCAUAGUGUCUGCAUCCCAAUUUUUUUCAAGCCCAUCCUUGCAGCAGCAACUCAUGCUAACCUCACCGUGCAUAACCUGCUCUUUCUGCUUCUGGCUCUUUUAAAGGGAUUCUGUUUGUGUCUCACUCCACAUUCUGCUGCUCACUCAAAAGGACAGACAGCUUUCUUGCUGUAUCUUAACCUGUGCCACUUUCAUUGCUGCUUUUAAAAACGAAUGUUGUUUGGUGCCUUCUUGUACUCCAGGCCUGGAAUUGGGGGGGGGGGGGCAAUACUCCUCCACCCCACAGUGCAGCACCACAUUUUAGGACUGUGUGUAUUCUGUAGCAAGGAAGUACGAAUUCCGUGCUCCAGAUCAGAUUUGCAAAUAUGAAGAAUUUAUCUAACUGUAUGCAGAUUAACUUGCAAUAUUUGCAGUUUGACUGAUGCUGAAUAUAGCUCACAAUGGAAGGAGAGACGUGAAACUUGUGGGGACAGGGGAAUUGCUUCAAGGAGCAAAAGGUCACAAAGGUAGAUCAGGUCAGAAACCCCACUCCGAGCACACACUGUAGACAUGAUUUUAAGGUUUCCUGCGCUAGCUUGAAGACCUUGACGACUGAACUUCUGAGGCUUUUUCACACACACAAACGAAAGAGCCCAUAACCCUUUUUACUCAGAGAUGAAUCACUGUUUAAUUUGCAGUGCUAUGCUACUUUCCAGGGUAGACGUGGGCUGAGUGCUAUUUAAAACAUACUCCAGUGGCAAGGGCUCCAUUUAUUCACCUUUCCCUCAUCCUCAAGCUAUUCUUCUUGUCCUGGCCUUGGCGGAGGCUCCUUCCUGAAAGCAUGUGGGCAGCAUGGACUUGCCCUCAUAGUGUUAUCUGGCAGCUGCCCUGGAUUUUUGUUUUUGUGGGGGUUUGUUGUUUGUGUUGUUGCUAUGAGAAAGAAUCUUACUGCUUUUGUGAUUUUAAAAAAUCAUCUGGAUUAAGCUCUCAGGAAGCAAAAUCCUGGUCAGUGCCUCAUUGCGACUGUAGAUUUCCUCCAGUUUCUCAGAGCUUGUAAUCUGGAGCAGGUGGGCAGAAGUUCUGUGGGAGGGCAGGAGGCAAGAUAUGCUUUGAGUCUUCCCAAAAUAUGGAGGGAGGGAGAGCAUUUCUUUGCAAUGUGACCUGAACUUCCACUAUCUAGCAAUCUUGCCUCCCUGCUCACCCUUUUCCAGUCCUUUUACCCCUCACGUCUGGAGCCAGAACACAGGAACUCUGAGUCCUAGCUCCUCUCCCCUUCUGCUCAUGCGCACUAGCUCCCUUGCCUCUGAAGAAGCCAAAACCAUUAUUUGUGGUCUAUUUAUAAAGUAUUUUUAAUGGCUUGUUUCUGUGUGUUUGAUCCAGCAAAAGCACCUCCUCACUGAAUCUGGUUAUGCUUCCCCCAAAGCUUGUUGACGGGGAAUGAAAUGCACGUGCCUGUCAGGAGCUCAACCACUUGCUGCCUUCCACGCCAAAUCAAGGCUCCAACGCUUGCUUUUGCUCAAGCAGGCUUUACUGUAAGACUGUGUUCCAGGCAGCUGUGCCUCUUGUAGCAGCCACUGUAACUUGUCGUAGCAAAUAAAGACAGGAGCAAAAUGUGA